AUGGAGGAGGCAGCCACAACGUGCACGUUGACGGGGCUGGACGACAACGUGGCGCAAACGAGCCGGGCGAUGGCGAGGGAGGCCGAGGCUGAAGCCGUGUGGGCCACGCUCUUCCUGCGCCGCUUCGGGUCCGACUUCUGGGGCGAACACGUCGGCCCGCACCCCUACCACGAGGUGGAGGCGCCGCGCGGCAAUGAAUGGCUGGACAUGCCGGCCGUCGCCGUGUUCGAGACCUUCGUCCUGUCUGUCAAGGCCAGCCCCAGUAGUGACGGCGGCGACGACCAGGAGGAGGAGGAGAGCGAGGUGGCGACGCGGCGUGCGCUGCUGGCCUUUGUGCGCGGCGAGCGAGGCGCGGACAGCAGCGGGCGACAGGGCGGCGGAUGGAAGCGCGCCUACAAACGGAUGGAGAGGAUGGUGCGGGCGUGGCAGCGCUUUUGCCUGUCGGGUAUCCUGGUGGCGGGCGAGACGUCGUUCGCGCGCCUGUCGGCCAUCGUCGAUGUCAUCAAGCAGGGCAUCUUCGCCAACAAGAUGCGGUAUUUGGGACCCAGUGCGAGCGACCCGCCGCUGCCGCCGGUGAUCCAAAACGUCGACAUCACGAGCCCCUCCGGCAAUGCGCGAGUGCUGCGCAUCCUCAUCCCGGCAGCCAACAGGCGGGAGAGCCCGUGCAGGACGAACUUCUGCGCCGUGCGUAGGCCUCGGAACUGGUGGAACAGAGAGACAGAAGGAAAGCAGACCACCAGCGAGGACGGAGAAGAGGAGGAUGAGGAGCCGCAGGCACUCACUGUGGCGGUCCACUUUCGUGGGCUGCAGAUCGGCAACUGGCGCAAGUGGAACGGGAAGAGGUACACGCGACUGCACGUCAUCUACGCCAUCGACUGCGAGCGCAUGGCCGACCCGGACUACCAGGAACAGGUGUUUCGCGAGCUGCACGGGUUCUUGGGCGAGGGCAAGGGCCAGUUCGAGGACGGCCUGUUCGUCAAUCUGCACCUCAUCAAUGCGCCGCCCGACUUUGGUCCCGCGCGCAUUCUCGAGCGCCUCAAGGUGUGGUCCUGGUGGCAGGUGGUGGUGACCCAGUGGAGUUCGUGGUUCUUCGGCGCGCGACAGAUUCCUCUUUUCGUCGAGCCCAGGCACUGGUGCCCGUUCUACGCCGGGCCGGUGGUGUUCGUGGUCACCUCCUUCACCAUGCCUCCCGCCGACGCUGUUGCCGACGACGAACGGCUGCGAUUUUCCACCUUCCCAUUGCUAUCCGAUGCUCCCCGCGCUCUGGCCUAUCCAACGAACCCAGCCUCGCCCGUAUCGAUGAAGGCAACGUUAGCGACCACGACAACAUGGGCGGGGCUGGACGACAACGUGCGCGCGUGCGUGCUGCUCCACCUUGAACCCCGCGACCUCGCCAACGUGGCGCAAACGAGCCGGGCGAUGGCGAGGGAGGCCGAGGCUGAUGCCGUGUGGGCCACGCUCUUCCUGCGCCGCUUCGGGUCCGACUUUUGGGGCGAACACGUCGGCCCGCACCCCUACCACCGCACCACUCGCGACCGACCAACUGCGGCGCAGGAGGUGGAGGCGCCGCGCGCCAAUGCAUGGCUGGACAUGCCGGCCGUCGCCGUGUUCGAGACCUUCGUCCACUCGGUCGCCGCCGCAGAGGCGCGCCCGAGCGGCAGCGACGACGACGACGAUGAGAGCGAGACGGCGACGCGGCGCGCGCUGCUGGCCUUUGUGCGCGGCGAGCGAGGCGCGGACAGCAGCGGGCGACAGGGCGGCGGAUGGAAGCGCGCCUACAAACGGUUCGAUGGCCUCCCUCUUCAUCCAUGCAUGGCUGACAUGGAAUGCGGCGAGCAGGAUGGAGAAGAUGGUGCAGACGUGGCAGACCUUCUGCGCGUGGGCGUGCUGGUGGCGGGCGAGACGUCGUUCGCGCGCCUGUCGGCCAUCGUCGACACCAUCAAGCAGGGCAUCUGCACCGGCAGGCUGCGGUACAUGGGGUGGAGCAAGGACGACCCGCCGCUGCCGUCGGUGAUCGAGAACGUCGACGUCACGAGCCCCGCCGGCAAUGCGCGGGUGCUGCGCAUUUGCAUCCCGCCAGCCCACAAGUGGGAGAAGCCCAGCUGGACCAACUUCUGCGCCGUGCGUCGGCCCAGGAAUUGGUGGAAUCGGUCGCUGGCAGAGACCGAGGAGGAGAAUCCGGCCAACUACGCGGACGACGACGAGGAGCCGCCAGAACACACUGUGGCGGUCCACUUUCGCGGGCUGCAGAUCGGUAACUGGCUCAAGUGGAACUUGAAGAGGUACACGCAACUGCACGCGAUCUACGCCAUCGACUGCGAACGCAUGGCCGACCCGGACUACCAGGAACAGGCGUUCCGCGAGCUGCACGGGUUCUUGGGCGAGGGCAAGGGCCAGUUCGAGGACGGCCUGUACGUCAAUCUGCACCUCAUCAACGCACCGCCCGACUUUGGUCCCGAGCGCAUUCUCGAGCGCCUCAAGGUGGUGGUGACUCAGUGGAGUUCGUGGUUCUUCGGCGCGCGACAGAUUCCUCUUUUCGUCGAGCCCAGGCACUAUUGCCCGUUCUACGCCGGGCCGGUGGUGUUCGUGGUCACCUCCUUCACCAUGCCUCCCGCCGACGCUGUUGCCGACGACGACGUUGAACCUGUCGCUGAGCGGGAGAAGCGUGAGUCGCUGAUCAUGCAGGGCCUGGUGUGGCUCGCCAAGCAGCCGAUGGCCGACCGACCGCAUGCCUUCGUGCGACCGGGCGACAACCUGUGGCUGUGCGCUCUCAGCGACGCCCGCGCCGAGGCGGAGCGCAAUCUAUGA